GCCUACCGCUUUGCGUGGAAUUGGCCGUUGAGCGGCACUCGAUAGCCCCCUUCAUUUGUCGGACAUACGGGAAGCCACAGAGAAAAAAGUGCAGUCGCGACACAGCAAGAGCAGUGUGUUCAGGAGCUCGACGGUGUCUCGUCGAGGAGAGGGUGUCAUGGCGUCGAGUCGGCCAGUGUGCUCUUCCGAGCGAUGUAUGAAACAACAGACGCCCGAGCGCAGGCGGCUGUUCUCGGGCGCCUAUGCACCGCUAGGCGGCCCACAGCAUUUCACGAACAGGACGUCGACAAUACUCAUCCUGAGCUUUACUCCAGCUUCCCAAGUCUCUGGCAAGCCGGCAGCUUAGAAAACGCAUAUGUCUGGAGACACGUUGUCCCCUCUUCCGACGUUCUCUCGACCCGGCUUGUCGCGGACAACGACGACUCUGACGGCGCGCGAUGUGCUGCUACAGGCGAGGAAGAAUACGGUGCUGAAGUCUCACGGCAGACCACCUUGGUACGGGGAGGACGGCCACCGAAUCUCGGAUGCGUUCGUCAUCGGCAUUGCUGGAGGAUCCGCUAGCGGUAAAACACAUGUAGCGCGGCGUAUAGUGCAGUCCCUAGGCUCCAUUCCGACUGUUGUCAUCCUAUCUCAAGACAGCUUCUACAAACAGCAUACGCCAGAGGAGAUCGAACUGGCCUUCGCGAGCCGCUAUGAUUUCGACCAUCCUGAUGCCAUUGAUAUGCCAUUGUUCGCGUCCUGCCUAGCAGACUUGAAGGAUUGUAGGCAAACGAACAUCCCUAUCUAUUCGUUCACUGAGCACCAGCGCCUUGACGAGACAAAGUAUCUCUAUGGUGCUGCCAUAAUCAUUGCGGAGGGUAUCAUGGCGUUACACGACCCCGCCUUGAGGGCAUUAUAUGAUCUUAAGAUCUUCGUACAAUGCGACUCAGACCUCAUGCUCGCCCGCCGCAUCAAGCGCGACGUCACAGAACGUGGGAGGAGCGUCGAUGGAAUCCUUGAACAAUAUCUGCGUUACGUGAAGCCGUCUUACGACCACUUUGUCCAGCCUACCUCUCGAUACGCCAAUAUCAUCGUACCCGGGUCCGACAAUGCCGUGGCCAUUGACAUCAUCUCGACGCAUAUUCGGAGGCAGCUGGACGAACGCGCCACGCAGCUUCGACAACGUCUAGCUGGGACCGGCCCACGCGACCUCGUGGCCCACGGUUCGCCCGACUUGGCCAGCCAGACGCUCAACCUCACUCUGCUGCCCCAGACGCCGCAAGUGAAGGGCAUCCUAACCAUCCUGAGGGAUGCUGAGACGUGCCGGGGCGACUUCAUCUUUUUCACCGACCGACUUGCGACGCUUCUGGUGGAGAAGGCAACAGAGUUGCUUCCGUACCGUCCGAAGAGCGUCGUCACGCCCAUCGGCGUCGAAGCACACGGGAAGCAAGUUGAUGUCCAGGUAAGGCCCUUAGAGCGCGGUCUCCGGAGGGUCAUCAACGACAUUCCCAUCGGCUCGAUGCUGAUACAGUCGGAGGCAGCGUCGGGCGAGCCAAUCCUGCUGCACCUUCAGCUUCCCAUCUGCAUCCGCCAGCGUCACUUAGCACAGAACACCUACGUCUUCCUCGUCGACGCACAGAUCAGCACCGGCGCCGCAGCCUUUAUGGCCAUCCGCAUCCUGCUCGACCACGGCGUCCCGCAGGACCACAUCAUCUUCGUGACCUUCCUCGUCGCGCGCUGCGGCGGCAUCUCCGUCCUGCAGCGCGCGUUCCCCGCAGUGAAGAUCGUGUGCGGGGCGGUGGAUGACCAUCUGAGGGAGAUGUGGCUCGAAGGUGUCGAUGAGGGUGAACAGCCUGCGGAAGGGCGCAAGGUCUGGGUCGUCGAGCCGGGGAUAGGGCACAUAGGAGAUCGAUACUACCUUUAAAGCAUGUCAAGGGCAGACCAGCAGGAGGAACAAUGUGGCUUCGUUCAUGGACAUCAUCAAUGUUCUACACAAGGUCCGCACGUCAUACCUCGGCCUCCCCGCUGAUGGACGGGAGUUCGGGCGAUCACUGUACAUUACAUUGCACGCAUAGGCAGACUGCCAUGCUAUACAAAAGACACUUGAGGGGGGCUUUCACGUAUGUAUGGAGGGGCGGUGCGGUAUCUGUCUAGUUGCGUGCUGUGAUUCGAUGGAAGCGAGAAAUAAGGUAUGCAUAAUAUCUCGACGGCGCGUGCGGAGGGAGCAAUCAAGAAGUAAAGUAUAAGACAAGAGACCCGUAAGUGGUAGAUUUGGACAUAUCG